UGAAAACCCCAAACUUUUUGGUGGGGUGGCGUGGGGUAGGGUUUCAGCAGCCUUUCGGUUCCGACUCAACUCAAUUCAAUUCUCCCCUGCGCCGACUCCCACUCACUGUCGGCAUUGCUUCUCUUCUUGUCCCCCAUUUUUAUUUGUCUUCUCCGUAACUACUAUUAUUCUCAUUCUUAUUUUAUUCCAACUACCAUCUCUGGAGAAACUUUCCCUGUUUGAAUCCUUCAGCCGCACCACCGCCCUAGGAACCGCAUCUCCACCCCUGUCAAGUUCCCAAUUUCAUUGCAGUGUGGAAGCUUUUGAGAAUUUAAGGUCAAUGGAUUUAAGGGGCCGAAAUGAAUCAAGAUCAAAAGUUUCUCCCGUGGUGGCUUCUGUAUUAGUUAGGGCUGUCCUCGAGUGGAUGCUGAUUCUUCUGCUGUUUAUAGAGGCUAGUUUCGCGUUCUUGGUUACGAAGUUUGCCCGUUACAGCCGAUUGCAAGUUCCCUGCUUGCUAUGCUCUAGACUCGAUCAUGUGUUGGGGAAAGAGAAGGCAGGAUUCUACUGGGAACUAAUCUGCCGAAGACACAAGUCGAAGAUAUCUUCUUUAGUUUUCUGUCGACAACAUGGAAACCUUGUUGAUAUUCAUGGAACAUGUGAAAGCUGCUUAUUCUCAUCCACAUCUAUAGAAAAGUCGAAUGCCAAAAGAUGCAGAUUGAUAGUUGGUAAAUUGGGCAACGGGCCUUGUUAUGACCCUUUCCAAGAUGCUUCGGCCGAUGAACAUAUAUCAAAAAACUGCAUGUGCUGCAACGAGCAAUGGAUUCCUAGUAUUUGUACAGAGAAGUUGUUUAAUAGCAACUCUGAGGGAGCUGAGAUUAACGAGGUGGUAUCUUUUACAUCGAAAUAUGAUGUGGAUGAGAAAGCAAUGGAGGGUUCGUCUCAAAGAGGCCAAGUGUGCGCCGAGGACACUGAUCCCCUGCCACAUGUGGAAUAUAUGGACAUUAGAGUUACAUCUGAUGCUGAAUCCGAAGGUCGGUUCUUGGAUAAUAAGAGCACUAAUGUGCAUUUUUGUGUAAAUGAGACAUUAGGCCACGAUUUAGCGUCCAACUGUGCACCUUCAGAACCUAAGACCAUCACACUUGUUGAUUGUCCAUCUCUUGAUAAAUCAAUCCAUCAAGCUUCUCUUGUCACAUCCUCGCUAGAGGAGCCAUCCGAUCUUGCUCACAAUGCAGAAUCUGAGGUACCCAUUAGACAUGAUUUAGAGGGAAGUAAUUGCCAGCCUGCUGAUUGUAAAAAUAAUGUCGAUGAAACAUCCGAAUCAGCACGUGGAUCAUUUCCAGAAGCAUUUACUUCUCCAAGAGUGAAUGGAACCCAUCAUGAGGCGCCCAAAGAUAUCAGUGUUCCGAUCACAACUGAGUUUGAGAAAGAAGUUAAUGUUGGAUGUGAAGAAACUUUGGUGGAUCAAAAUGAUGACAGUAUUUUAAAAAAUGAAGUUCGGAUUGAUUCAAAACAUAAGAAAACAGAUGCCAGUACACAAAUGGUGGAGUCCUUGGAUCUUGGUGAUGCUUAUAGAUUAGCUGUCGGCCCUAGGGGAAGGCAGUUGUCCGGAAGACUCUUAGAACAACAACGGUCUAUGACGGAGUCUACAAGAGCUAGUGAAGAUUUAAAAAUCCUGCUUUCGCAGAUAUCUGCUGCCCGUACGAUUGACUUACCAUUGUAUGAUAUGAGUCCAAGGGUGAGUGCAAACAGUGAAGAUUAUAAGGCUGUGGAUGGUUCGAGUGUUUUAGGGAUGCAAAUACUUCAGAGAAGAAUCUCACUCGAGAGAAAUGAAUCCAAUUUGUCUUUUGAUGGGAGCGUUGUCAGCGAAAUUGAAGGUGAGAGUGUGGCAGAUCGUUUGAAACGGCAGGUGGAGCAUGAUAAGAAAAUAAUGAGCGCUCUGUAUAAAGAACUAGAGGAAGAGAGGAAUGCUUCGGCAGUUGCCGUUAAUCAAGCAAUGGCCAUGAUUACGAGGUUGCAAGAAGAGAAAGCAGCCCUCAACAUGGAGGCACUGCAGUGCCUGAGAAUGAUGGAAGAACAAGCCCAAUACGAUGGCGAAGCGCUGCAGAUUGUUAAUGAUCGUCUUGCAGAGAGGGAGCAGCUGAUUGAAAAUUUUGAAUAUGAACUUGGAUUGUACAGGAAACGAUUUGGGGAUAUAUCUCUGUCUGACAACAUAGUUGAGCCAUCACCUGAAUCAGGAGUAGAAGCAAAUAGUGAAGAAAGUAACGUGGCUGCGCUAAAACAUGAUAUCAAUAUUAACAACGAUUGUGGAGGACAUGAGGUGUCUUCCCCGUGCUUUGAAGAUGAAAAACAAAUUAUUUUGGAAAACCUGAGCAAGUUGGAGGAAAAACUGAUUAUGUUUUCGAAACAUGAAGUCUACCCUGACUCAGCUGAUGAUGCUUUUUCGCCAGGGGUUUCACACGGAAAUGGUGAAAUGGAAACAAAAAAUCGUCUGCCAAGAGAUACGGUUGUGUAUAGAGAGGCUUCUUCUGAAGAUCGAUCUGAACAUAAUAACUCCCAACAUGAAAAUGAAGGAUUCGUACACAUUGAUAUGGAUGGCGAGUUAGAUAAAAUCAGAAACAAGCUUGCUGCUAUGAGCAGAAGAUUUGAGGCACUUGAGGCAGAGAAAAACAUUAUUGAGAGUUCGAUCAAUUCACUCGAAAAGGGCAGUGAAGGCUUUGAAUUCAUUCGAGAAGUAGCUGAUCGAGUACAAGAGCUGUAUUUGGCUUACAUCAGAAGAAGUGAGGUUUGAGAUGAACUCUCAAGUUUCAAGAUGUCUAUGAUUCUACUAAUUAUACAUUGAAGGAGAUCGAUUGAAGAACUAUAAUGAGAAGGUGUUGGUGGAAUUGAUGAUGAAUUGGUUGUACUGUACAGUGUUUGUGUCAUUCUUGUUCGAUUUUGGUGUUUGUGUUUGUGUUUGUCUUGGCUUUGUUUCGAUUUCUGCCUCAAUAGUUUGAAAGAUUUGAGGUUUUUGCUACACCAUAUGAUUUUUUGGUUUAUCUCAACUCAUAAAUGUCUUUGGAUACAUUGUUUAUAAAUAUGAAAUGCUUCCUUUUUCUUUUCUUGUGUCGAAGACACAAAGAAGUUUGAUUCUGCAGGAUCAUCGCGUAAACGGAGACAUACAAAAGUUGAUACAGAAAUUGGGAUUGGGAGAGACUAAUGAGAAAAGAAGAGGAAGCAAAAUAUACACACAACUUCAAAACCACAGGUUUGUCUUCUCUACAACAUGACACAAAAUAAUAAGUGGGAUCAAGUGGUCCGGUCGGACGGAUUCUUUUCCGAUCAUCCCUUCAUUUGCGAACGUUCCUAAGUAAAAAUGCUCAGAAUGACAGCUAUAAAUUUAAAAAUAAAAAUUAAAAGGUAUUAGCUUUCUUCUUCUUGUUUCUUCUUCGUAUCUAAGUCGAGAUACAAUACAUGCAUGUAGCGACUACGUAUGUUUUUAUCCGUUACGUGCAUUUGUUACUGCUUCUUUUCGUUGCUUUCAGCAUUAUUGUUGUUGUUGGUGUUGGUUGUAGCUGCAGCAUUAGUAGCAGAUGUAUUAUUUGUGUUGUCGGAUGGAUGCAUUACUGAAUCGAAUUUGUCUGAUUUCUCCAGCACGAUUUCGAUCUGAUAAAUCCAUCCAAAAAAUAAUUUUACAUUAGAUGAUGAUCAUUCUGGGAAGGUUAAAUUUGAAAUAUGAGAAGUACUGACCCGAGCUUUCUGAAUAGUUCUUCCCUUAUUUGCAUCCUUCAUUCCCACCGUCGAUGUUACGAUACCUGCAGUGAAUAAUUCUUUAUUUUCUUUUCAAUGCAUCUGUGUGUUUUUUUCGUAGCCAUUGAUAUAUAGAG